GUCUAGGUUUUGCCUCUCUUAUCUAUUUCUUUCGGCUUCGUUCCUUCGCAGGAGUGUAAAGUUUUGUACGAGUUCUUCUUCUUCGCUGUUCGACUUCGCUCCUUCAACGACGAGCGGAAGUUACGACAUUUUUUGAUCGGAAACAACGGGAGCUCGCUUGCUGUGAAGCUGCUUUAGUUGAAGAGAACAAAAUUUUGUUCCCAAUUCUGUGAGGAUGGCAUCAAUCGUUUCAAUGGCAGAUAUAGAAGCCACUGCGAAGGGUCUAGGGAUUGACUUGUCUGCGGUUAAUCUUGAUUCCAUCACACUCCCCCCUGGAGAAGAUUUUGGCAUCAAAAGUGAUGAUGAUGAAGACCUUUAUCAUGAAGAAGCCCUUGAACUGGAAGCUGGGUUUGGAAAUGUGAUUGUAGUUGAUAAUCUCCCAGUCAUACCACUGGAGAAGUUUGAGAAGCUUGAAGGUGUAAUCAGGAAGAUAUAUGGUCAGAUUGGGACGAUUCGUGAAGGUGGUUUUUGGAUGCCAGUAAAUCCUGAAACAAAAAAAACACUUGGAUACUGCUUCAUUGAAUACAACACCAGUCAGGACGCAAAAUCUGCAAAAGAAAACACGAAUGGAUACAAGUUAGACAAGUCGCACAUAUUUGCUGUGAAUUUAUUUGAUGAGAUUGAGAAGUAUAUGAAAAUUCCAGAUGAAUGGACACCUGCUGAAAUUAAGCCAUAUGCACCUGGUGAAAAUCUACAGAAAUGGUUGACGGAUGAGAAAGCUAGGGAUCAAUUUGUUAUCCGUGCUGGUCCCUUCACUGAGGUCUUUUGGAAUGAUCCCAGACAGUUGAUGCCAGAACUUGUUUACCGCCGUCAAUAUUGGACUGAGAGCUUCGUCCAGUGGUCUCCAUUGGGGACAUACCUGGCCACAGUUCAUAGGCAGGGUGCUGCUAUUUGGGGAGGUGCAAGCACAUUUAACCGUUUGAUGAGAUUUGCACAUCCACAGGUCAAACUGAUUGAUUUUUCUCCCGGAGAGAAAUAUAUUGUUACUUACAGCAGCCAUGAACCCAGCAAUCCUCGUGAAAAACAUUGGGUACUACUGAAUUUUUUUGAUUUGAGAACUGGAAAACUGAUGCGGGAUUUCAGAGGAAAUGCUGAUGACUUUGUAUCAGGAUCCAGCAAUGUUACUGGAGUCUCUUGGCCUGUGUUCAGAUGGGGUGGUGGCAGGGAAGACAAAUUCUUUGCCAGACUCGGAAAGAAUGUAAUAUCUGUGUAUGAAACUGAGACAUUCACGCUUAUAGAUAAGAAAUCUCUGAAGGUUGAGAAUGUGGCAGAUUUCACUUGGUCUCCCACUGAUCCUAUUAUUGCAUGCUUUGUUCCCGAGCUUGGUGGUGGAAACCAGCCUGCAAGGGUAAGCCUUAUCCAAGUUCCAAGCAAAGAAGAGAUGAGGCAGAAGAACCUGUUCAAUGUUAGUGAUAUUAAGAUGUACUGGCAGAAUAAUGGGGAAUACCUUGCUGUGAAGGUUGAUCGCCAUACUAAAACUAAGAAGAGUACCACAACUGGCUUUGAAUUGUUCCGAAUAAAGGAAAGAGACAUCCCAAUUGAGGUGCUGGAGCUUGAAAAUAAGAAUGACAAGAUAGUGGCUUUUGCAUGGGAACCAAAAGGCCACAGAUUUGCAAUCAUCCAUGGCGACGGCCCGAGGCCGGACAUCAGCUUCUACUCGAUGCGAACCGCUCAAAAUGUUGGUCGUGUCUCGAAGCUCGCUACCCUUAAAUCGAAGCAGGCGAAUGCUCUCUAUUGGUCUCCUGCAGGCAGAUUCCUUGUUCUUGCAGGCCUGAAGGGUUUCAAUGGCCAGCUAGAAUUCUACAAUGUCGAUGAGCUUGAGACCAUGGCCACUGGUGAACACUUCAUGGCAACGUAUAUCGAGUGGGAUCCAACUGGAAGAUAUUGUGCAACAUCUGUUACAUCAGUUCAUGAAAUGGAGAAUGGCUUCCAUAUUUGGUCUUUCAAUGGAAAGCUGUUAUAUCGGAUUCCAAAGGAUCAGUUCUAUCAGUUCUUGUGGAGGCCGAGGCCGCCCUCUCUACUGAGUCCUGAGAAGGAAGAAGAGAUAUCGAAGAAUUUAAAGAAGUACAGCAAGAAGUAUGAGGCAGAGGACCAGGAUGUAUCGUUGCAGCUUAGCGAGCAGGAUAGGAAGAAGAGAAAGAUGAUUCAGGAGGAGUGGGAUCAAUGGGUGGCUCAAUGGAAGAAGUUGCAUGAGGAGGAAGAGCAAUUAAGGCUCGCGCUUCGAGAUGGAGAGGCGAGCGACGAAGAGGAAGAGUACGAGGCCAAAGAGGUUGAGGGAGAGGAGGUGAUUGAUGUCACAGAGGAGAUUGUAGAUUCUGAUGAAGAUCAAGACUGAAAAAAACAACAGGUCUUUCUCUCUAUUAUCCUCCCCUUAGUGAAUUGGUUUAAAGAUCUAUUUGGGGCUGAUUUUUCAGCAUCCGUUUUUCAUAUAUUGCCACAGUUAUGUUCGGCUGUAGUUUUUAGUUGCUUUUCAGAUGGUGGAAAUCGAUUUCUUAUAAUUAAGGUUUUGUUUUGGAUGGUUUUUUUAAUGAUUUUUAAAAUGGAGUUUUAGUACAA